AUGACUGAGCUGAAGGCAAAGAAUUCCCGGGCUCCCCACGCAGCAGGAGGCGCGCCCUCGCCCACUGGGGUCGAAUCCCCCCUGCUGGGACGUCCGGACGCGGGCCCCUUCCAGGGAACCCAGACCUCAGACACUUCACAGGUAGUCUCGGCCAUACCUAUCUCCCUGGACGGUCUGCUCUACUCUAGGUCGUGCCAGGGUCAGAAUCCCCCAGACCGGAAGACGCUGGAUCAGCAGUCGCUGUCAGAGGUGGAGGGCGCGUACUCCGGAGUUGAAGCCGCAAGGGGUGCAGGAAGCGGCAAUCCUAGAGUCCCAGAAAAGGACAGCGGGCUGUUGGACAGUGUUUUGGACACGCUUCUGGCGCCCUCGGGGCCGGGGCAGAGCCACGCCAGCCCUCCCACUUGCGAGGCCACCAGCCCUUGGUUUCUGUUUGGCCCAGAGCUUCCCGAAGACCCUCGUGGUGCCCCUGGCACCAAGGGGGUGCUGGCCCCGCUCAUGAACCGGCCUGAGAGCAAGUCUGGUGACAGCUCCUCCGGAACAGGAACGGCCCAUAAGGUGCUGCCUAGGGGCCUGUCACCGUCCCGGCAGCUGCUGCUCCCGACCUCUGGAAGCCCUCACUGGCCUGGGGCCGCAGUGAAACCUUCGCAGCUAGCUGCCGCAGUGGAGGUUGAGGAGGAGGAUGGCCCGGAGUCCGAGGGCUCCACGGGUCCACUUUUGAAGGGCAAACCUAGGGUUCCGGGAAGCACAGUGGCCGGAGGAGGAGUCGCAGCCAGCGCGCCUGGAGCGGCUGCAGGAGGCGUCACCCUUGUCCCGAAGGAAGAUUCCCGCUUUUCGGCGCCCAGAGUCGCCUUGGCAGAGCAGGAUGCGCCGGUGGCGCCCGGGCGCUCCCCGCUGGCCACCACAGUGGUGGAUUUUAUCCACGUGCCUAUCCUGCCCCUCAACCAUGCCUUCCUGGCCGCCCGCACCCGGCAGCUGCUGGAAGGGGAGAGUUACGACGGCGGGGCCGCUACCUCCAGUGCCUUUGCCCCGCCACGGGGAUCGCCCUCAUCCUCCUCUACCCCAGUCCCUUGUAGCGACUUCCCUGACUGCACGUACCCUCCCGAGUCGGAACCCAAAGAUGACGCGUUCCCUCUCUAUGGCGACUUCCAGCCGCCAGCCCUGAAGAUCAAGGAGGAAGAGGAAGGAGGCGCGGAGGCUGCCGUGCGCUCCCCGCGUCCGUACCUAGUGGCCAGUUCCAACUCUGCCUCCUUUCCGGAUUUCCCACUGGCGCCGCCGCCGCGAGCGCCCUCAUCCAAACCCGGGGAAGCGGUGGUGGCGGGCACAGCAGCCAGUGCCUCUGUCUCGUCCGCGUCCUCAUCGGGGUCGACCCUGGAGUGCAUCCUGUACAAAGCAGAGGGCGCGCCGCCCCAGCAGGGCCCUUUUGCGCCAUUGCCCUGCAAGCCUCCUGCCGCCGGCGCCUGCCUGCUCCCACGGGACGGCUUGCCCUCCACCUCCGCCUCUGCCGCCGCUGCCGCCGGGCCGCCACCUGCGCUGUACCCUCCGCUCGGCCUCAACGGACUGCCGCAGCUGGGCUACCAAGCCACUGUGCUUAAGGAAGGCCUGCCGCAGGUCUACCCACCGUAUCUCAACUAUCUGAGGCCAGAUUCAGAAGCAAGCCAGAGCCCACAGUACAGCUUUGAAUCAUUACCUCAGAAGAUUUGUUUAAUAUGUGGGGAUGAAGCAUCAGGCUGUCAUUAUGGUGUCCUUACCUGUGGGAGCUGCAAGGUCUUCUUUAAAAGGGCAAUGGAAGGACAGCAUAACUAUUUAUGUGCUGGAAGAAAUGACUGCAUUGUUGAUAAAAUCCGCAGAAAAAACUGCCCAGCGUGUCGCCUUAGAAAGUGCUGCCAGGCUGGCAUGGUCCUUGGAGGUCGAAAGUUUAAAAAGUUCAAUAAAGUCAGAGUUAUGAGAGCACUGGAUGGUGUUGCUCUCCCCCAGCCAGUGGGUAUUUCGAAUGAAAGCCAAGCUCUAAGCCAGAGAAUCACUUUCUCACCAACUCAAGAAAUACAGUUGCUCCCCUCGCUGAUCAGCCUGUUGAUGAACAUUGAACCAGAAGUAGUCUAUGCAGGACAUGACAACACAAAACCGGACACGUCCAGCUCUUUGUUGACCAGUCUUAAUCAACUAGGUGAAAGACAACUUCUUACAGUAGUCAAGUGGUCGAAAUUACUACCAGGUUUUAGAAACUUACAUAUUGAUGACCAGAUAACUCUUAUUCAGUACUCUUGGAUGAGUUUAAUGGUGUUUGGACUAGGAUGGAGAUCCUACAAACACGUCAGUGGGCAAAUGUUAUAUUUUGCACCUGAUCUAAUACUAAAUGAGCAGCGGAUGAAAGAGUUGUCCUUCUAUUCAUUAUGCCUUACAAUGUGGCAGAUUCCACAGGAGUUUGUCAAACUUCAAGUUACCCAUGAAGAAUUCCUCUGUAUGAAAGUACUGCUACUUCUUAAUACAAUUCCUUUGGAAGGACUAAGAAGUCAAAGCCAGUUUGAAGAGAUGAGAUCAAGCUACAUUAGAGAGCUCAUCAAAGCAAUUGGUUUGAGGCAGAAAAGUGUUGUCUCUAGUUCACAGCGUUUCUAUCAACUCACAAAACUUCUCGAUAGCUUGCAUGAUCUUGUCAAACAACUUCAUCUAUACUGCUUGAACACAUUUAUCCAGUCCCGGACACUGAGCGUUGAAUUUCCAGAAAUGAUGUCUGAAGUUAUUGCUGCACAGUUACCCAAGAUCUUGGCAGGGAUGGUGAAACCUCUUCUCUUUCAUAAAAAAUGAAUGUCAGUUUUUCUUUCAAAAACAUUGAAUCUGUGGUAUGUGAUUGUUUUGGUUAGGAUUAUGAGGUCUUGCGUCUUUAUAUUCUUCUGAAAGCCUUACAUUUAUAACAUAUCAUAUUGUGUAAAUUUGAGAAAAAAUGUGAUUCUAACUUUCCUUUGUAAAGCAUCACUCAAAUUUUAAGUGUUUUUGUGUGUCCAUAGUUUCUUCUAGAGUUUACAAGAUUGAAAGAUUGAUGAAGUAAAUGCUAUCUUAUCCAUAUUAUUUCAUACCAUUUAGGUGAGGAUUUUUAACUUUUGCAUCAAACAAAAUUUCUACUUUAGAGAAAAAAACUCACGUGUCAUUAAAAGCUAUUAUAUAUACUACUUUUGGAUAGUUCCCUUUGCCCUUCUGGUUAUAUUUUAGAAAAAUUAAACUUUAAAUGGCAGGUAAAAUUUAAACAAAAAAAAAUUUAUAACCUUAACCAGAUUUUCAGAAGCAUUUGAAUGCAAAAAGUAUAGAAACAGAGUUUAAAAACCACAAAUAGAUUGCUGUUUCUCAAAUUAGUCAAAACAGCCCACAUGUUAAAUUAUUUCCCAGAUCAGAAACACAGAUCUCUAGUAAGGAAAUGAAUAAGUAGCCAUGUUGUGGUAACAAUACUGGGGAUUUUGUAGGUUUUUUAUUAAACCUUUUUUUGGGGAAGGGGGUUGUCCUCAAAUAAAGUACUGCAAAUAGAAAAUAGAGGUCAGAAGAGUCUGUGACCUAAUUCCACUCCUUACCAUUGGUGGCAUGUGGAAAAGUCACUCAACCUUACUGAUUCUCAAUUUCUAAUCUUUAAAAGUAGUGUAAUGAUAUCUUUCCUGCCAAAUGCUUCUUUUGGCCAGAAUUUCUUAUUAUCAUCUUCUCAAACCAAAGAUAUAUAUAUAUAUUUUUUUUUUCUCUACUGCUCAAACAGUUGAGGAUGGUGUUUUUCUGUGAAGCAUAAUAGAUGAAUCUCAGGUUGAAAAUUUUUGUGAGUGCCUCUGAUCCAAAUCUAAAGGAUGCUUCAGGAAAUAGAUGAAUCUCAGGUUGAAAAUUUUUGAGAACCUCUGACAUAAUUCUAUGAGAGCUGCUUCAGGAAAUACUAGAUAAUGACUUAAAACAAUCCACUCAAUUACAAUAACUAGAAAACACACAAUUCACAUUGUUACUUGAAUUGAAAAUAUUCCUUUGGAAGACAGACAAGAGUAAUUUUUCUGUGGUGAGUCACUGGUGAUCCUUUCUUAAAAAAGAAAAAAAAAUAUAUAUAUAUAUAAAAGAAAAGAAUAUAUACAUAGUUAGUAUUUGAUAUAUGUACCAACUGUUCAUUAGACCUACGUGGCACAUAGAAUAUGUACAUUUGCCAAGCUCCUACUGCAGGUGAAAUCCAAUCAAAAUUAAAUAUUUUAUUUUCUAAGGUAAUUUUAUAUUAUUUUUAGGCAUAUAUAUAUGUAUGUACAAAAUUUUUAACAAUUCAGAUUUUUUCCUAAAUUUCUUCAAAAGUGGGAAUAUUGCUAUCUUACAAAUAAAUAUUGCUAUCUUCUUGUGCGGAUUAAUAAUUGUUCAUGAAAAAAUUAAACUUUGAAAACAAUAUAGAAAGAUUUCUAUAUGAAAGUUUCUGAUUUCUGAAUGCAUAUUAAAAUUACCCCAUUUCUUCAACUGAUAAAUACAGUUUAUCAAGGGACAAUAACAUAAGAAUAUUCUUAAUACCUACAGGACCUUUAAAACAAAAUGAUUUCAUUUGAUUAAAAUGAUUUUAUUUGAUUAAAAGUUGGUAUAAUUAUGUUACCAUAGUGAUUUUUAA